AUGGCACCGAACCAGGCGAUUGCGGCUGCACCGCUGACCUGGCGCCGCAUCUGCUUCGCUCUCUUCUCGUACGCGCUCUUCUUUACAGACAUUCCUCGGAGCGGACUCGGCUACGAGACGCUGCCAUACCCCCUCUACUCGCAAGUGACCGAGACCAUCUACUCCAACUGGGGGCCGUACGACUAUAAGAUCAUUGAUAUUGCGCGCGAUAUCACUGGCUCGCUCGUUGCGUCGGACGGGUCCGCCACUGUUUCAGGCGCUACAAUCUGGAGCUACAAGCACGAUACGUGUUCGAUUGGCUUGCGCGCACUUGUACAACACUUUCAGAUUCCUGGCUGGGAUCCGUGUUUGCUGUACGCAAGAGCAUGUGCCAGCGACGCUGUCGUCAAUGCCGCGUCGCUCUUCAUCAUGCUAGACAAUGUCAUCGCGACGAUUGCCGCGCUCGACGACGACGGCGCGUCACUCCGACUGCAGUACAUGUACAACGACGUGAUCCGCGACACGAUGUCGGUCACCAACGCCUUUAUGAACCGCGAACUGCGCACCGUGCGGGCAUAUCAUCUCGCAUCGCCCAGCGACCUCUGCGACCCGCAUCGCCGGCGAAAGCCGUCCUUUUGCGACAAGGCGUGGGCGAAUUUCUCGAGCCUCGCGCCUCGCACCAGUAUUCAAAGCGUCGCCAAAGCCAUCGAAGCUCGGUUUGCAGCCAAAGUGGCGACCCUCGACAAUGCGCAGCAAAUCGCCGACAUGGUGGUGCUCGAAUGCGCAGCGGACUUUCGCCCGUGGGUCGGCGGCGUCGCGCACACACAGCCCCAGGACUUUGAUCUCGUCACCUUUCUACGUGUGCGCAACUGCUCGACGACCUGCGAAACCGUGUAUAUCGACGACUUUCGGUACGAGGGAUCGCUCUUCCGCACCGACGUCGUCUAUUGGUACCGUCUCGUUCGUCUCCUCCGGCUGCUUGGUCAGAUGUACAAUAUUGUCCGCACAUUGAUGCUCUUUGUCGGGUGCUACGUUGCCUCGGGUCACAAGCUCGUCGCCGCGACGCGUCUCUUUCUGUCGAUACCUGCCCAAGUCAUCAUUUACGGCAGCUGGUUGCCCGUCGCUGUCUUCGCAUUCGCACACGCCAUUGAUAGCGCCAUGGUCUAUUGCGUUGUGUUCCGCGCCUUUUCGACGCUCAACGGCGGCUCCAACUUGAGCGGCACGUACGUAUACUUUCUCAUGCGGACGCUGACGUGUCACAUGCGCAACCUCUGGGUCUUCUCGGUGCUCACAAAGACGCUACUGUACAGCUCGACGCCGGUUCGAACCCAGCACCUCCUCGGGUUUCGCGGCUACGUGCUCGCGCUGAUAUCGUUUUUGGCCAUUUUCUUCGACGUGCGGCUGCUCUUGGUUCGAAAUACCAACGUCGUCACGCACACGCGGAUCGCACCGAGCCAGACCGUGCAGCUGAUUCGGUAUCAGCAAACCCUGCCGACCAAUAGCCGCCUCUGGGGUCUCUACCUUGAUGCCACGGGUCUCGUGUUCUCUUUUCUAAUACUACGUGCGAUAUUGCGCCUCUUCGGAGUCUCGCGGCUCCGCGAGCACACGUUCGUACCAUACGCGGCGACGGCAUAUGCCAACACGACGCUCUUCAGCGCCGCGUGGAGCUCGCUUUUUGUCAACCUCGACGAUCCCGUGUCGGUCAAUGCCGUCAUCGCGCCGCACUGGGUCCUCUUCCCAAAGCUAUAUCAGCACGUGCUCAUCAACCUCGUUUGGAUGACCGACCCGAUCGAAUUCGGUAGUCAGUACUGCCGCACCGCCCCCGUCGAGAAUCAACGUGUGUACGUCUACCUCGAAAGGGCUUCGGGCGAUGUCUUCUACCACCCAUGGAGCUUGAACGAGCUCGAAGACGUCGUCGAGGACGUGUCUACCUAUGUGCACAUGCUGCGCUUGGGUCGCCUCUGGAAGCUGCCAUGGAUCGACCGCAUACACUGCAGUUAA